AGCCGACACAGUUGACACCUCCAGAGUCCAGACUCCCGAUUUACGUGUCGAGGCUGUUGCUGGCUCGUUUACUCUUGGAGAUUAGCGGGAUUCCCCGCCUUCUAACGCCACUUGAUGUGAAAGGAAAGGCCAUUUCACGAGCAGACAAUGUCGUCUCUCCUGUCCUAUAUCGGAUGGGCCUUCCUGCCGAAUUAUGCGACAUCGUUUCUACAGAAUGUGUACUACGGGAUCACGAUCAGGGCCGGCGAACCGCGACCGCAGCCACCGUCGCCGCGAUGGACUCGACACCGCCGGCGGAUUUUCAUCUUGGUAGUGACAAGCUAUCUGCUGUACACGCUAUAUGAAACAUUCCACCAGGUACAGGUUGCGGGCGACUUUUAUCAACAUUUGGGCGUGUCUCCACUUGCGGAUGACAAAACAAUCAAGUCGCGAUUCCGACGGCUGGCCGCACAACAUCAUCCCGACAAAGUAGCUGCCGGAGACGCGGGGGCGUCGGACGCAUACUUUGUCUACUUGAAGCUAGCCCAGGACACCCUCUUAAACCCUGCGAAACGAUUCGCGUAUGACCGAUUCGGACCGGACAUGCUGGAAUGGGGGGAGCAGAAAACGAUGCAAGACUUUGUCUUUACGGCACUACACCGGAUGAUCCCGCAAUACAUCGGCGGAUUGGCGACCGUUCUGUGCCUGAAUUUUGUCUGGUGGUCGGACUGGGGACGCUAUUGGCGGUUCUACACGUUUGCAGCCCUGAUUACGCUGGAGAUUGCCUUGCUCACACACCCGCUGGCGCUUUUUAUGCCUGUCUCGCUUGUUCCUCCCGCGCUGAGAGAUUUGAUAUUUUCUCCAUCGAAUUCGGGUCCGAACCACUUUUACCUACUACCCUUCCAAAUCGUGACACUCGCUCGGCGUGCCUCGGUGACGCUCCACAUCUUCAUCUCGCAACUCACGCCGCCGGACCCAGGAAAAUCGACUGCGGAGCGAUUGCCGCCGCAGCUUGUGCAGCGGCUAGGCCAGCUGACACAGCUGUCGCGGGCGACGGAGAUUGAGGCGACGCGACUACUCCAGCUAGGCCUGGCGCCCUUUCGUGGGGACGGCGAGAGCGUCACAACUUUGCGGAAGGGAAUGCGCGAAGGGCUCGUGCUGGGCAGUGUGCGGGGCAGCCCAGAGGUGCAGCGUGCGGUGAAGACGGUCAUCGACCGCAGGAAAAGUGGCAAAGUGGAUUAAUACCUACAUCUUCUUAUUAUAAUGUGGUGUAUAGUAUACGUUAGCUACCAUUGUCGGCUAGUUCUUACAUAAGACAGAUUACCCAAAGUACGUACAAUGCAGAGUCAGUGUAGGUGCCUAGGUAGUAGGUGCUAGAUAGUAACUAGAUAGUUACAGCUACUAGUAUAGUCAAUAGGAUUACUGGUCAAU